UCUGGUUCGGUCUGGUGUAAAGCUGUUUCGGUUUGUCCAACCUACUUCUCUCUCCUUUUAGAUCAAUUGAAGUUAAUCAAAUCCUUCAAUGGCGGCACUAAGCUUUUGCAGCUCUUCUCCUCCUCGGAUUCUUCAUAGACAGUCUAAAUCGAGUCUUCUCCCUCCGGAUUCUACCCUUUUCACACCCUUGUGUUUCUUUUCCGUCGGAGAAUUAUCUGCGAAACCGAUCUCUGUCUCGAGACGAUUUCGUGUCUCCGUUAACAGUUCAUCGGGAAACGAGAGGUCACCAUCUUCUCCGGCGAAGAAGCUACGGGAGAUUAUGCAAUCCCCUGGUGUUCUUCAGGGUCCUUGUUGCUUCAAUGCUCUUAGCGCCAAACUCAUCGAGCGAGCUGGGUUUCCUUACUGUAUCACCUCUGGAUUCUCAAUUUCCACGGCUCGGCUUGGUUUGCCGGAUAAAGGACUUAUUUCCUAUGGAGAAAUGAUUGAUCAAGGUCAACAAAUUACUCUAUCUGUUUCUAUUCCCGUGAUUGGAGACGGUGGCAAUGGAUACGGUAGUGCCAUGAAUGUUAAGAGAACCGUGAAAGGAUAUAUCAAAGCUGGUUUUGCUGGAAUUAUAAUCAGUGACCAGGUUUGUAGUGGAGAUACUGUGAGUGAGAGAAGAGUGGUUUCUAGAGAGGAAGCGGUGAUGCGUAUUAAAGCUGCAGUAGAUGCACGUAGAGAGUGUGAUUCCGACAUUGUCAUUUUAGCUCAAACUGAUUCCCGAGAAGCGAUAUCUUUAGAGGAAUCCCUCACUAGGGCAAGAGCUUUUAUAGAUGCUGGAGCAGAUGUUCUCUCCAUUGAUUCUCUUGUUUCUAGGGACGAGAUGAAAGCAUUCUGCAAUGUCUACCCACUGGUUCCUAAACUGGCUAAUAUGCUAGAAAGUGGAGGGAAAGUUCCAAUACUAAACCCGCUCGAGCUAGAAGAGAUUGGAUAUAAGCUAGUAGCAUAUCCAAUUUCAUUGAUCGGAGUUUCUAUUCAAGCAAUGCAGGACGCUCUAUUGGCAAUCAAGGGUGGUCGAAUUCCUCCACCAGGAAGCAUGGCUUCUUUAGAAGAAAUCAAUGAGAUUCUUGGUUUUGACACAUACCUGGAGGAAGAGAGACGAUAUACUACCUCCUCAUCAGAUAGAAAAGCAAGCAGCAAUAGCAUCUAUGGUUAUCAACGAGAGGCUCAAGAUGAUCCAGAACUGAGAGAGGACCCGAUUGUUGAAGUCAUAACACCAGAGGUUUAUAAUGAACCAAGAAACCCGUUUUCGAGGAUCUGGUCACGAUCUUUAAGGAUCAAAAUCAUCGGGCGUGAUGGGUUUGAGAAACUCGAUGUCAGAAUUCCGGCCGGAUUCUUGGAAGGUGUCACCAACAUUGUUCCAGCCUUAGGAGGCGUGAACUUGAAGCAAUUGAUGGACGAUGCAGCCGAUGAAGUCGGAGGGAAACUUUUGUUAGAUUUUAAAGACACUGCUGGUGACAGAAUCCAAGUCUUUCUAGAAUGACACACACGUGGUGAAGAAAAAGUAAAUACAGUCAAGAAACAAUUACAUAGAGAGAACAAAGAUGAAAAUAUCUUAUUUGAUCCGUGAAUGAAAAAAAUGUUGUACACA